AUGUUAUGCAAGGUAUCCCCGGUAUUCGCCGACAUGUUCACCCUUCCGCCGUCGAAUGUGAACGAAUCCUUUGAAGGGUCGCCCGUGGUUCGAAUGCCGGACGGCGCAGAGGUGCUCGAACAGUUACUGAAAAUACUCUACCAAGAAGCAAAUCUUCCUCUAAAGCGUCUUGAUCCCAACACGCCCGCUCAGGUGGGACCGCUAUUCGAGAUCGCGGCCAAGUACGAAAUAGACAACGUUCGCAGCCAGAUUGUGCAGCGUCUCACCGAGGACUGGCCUACGACCCUUUACAAAUGGGAUACCUUGGAGGCGGAGAUCGAGGCUAUGAAUCGCGACUGGCACUUCCAGCACAAACCCUGCGGCGGCUUGAGCUGCCCGGAGUACCUGGAUAAAUACCUCCCCGAGCCGGUGUCGGCGAUACAGCUUGCGAAGAAACACGGCGUCCGCUCCAUCCUUCCGGCAGCCUUCUACCACCUUUCCCGCUUGUCCAUCCAAUGGGGGCCGGACGGCUCGGAGCGGAAUGAAGAGAGACAGAGGAUGUCUCGCCACCGGGGGGUACGAACUGCUAAAUGGAAGAGCCUGUCUGCGGAGGAUCACUACUGCCUCCAUGUCGGCCGCGCUCGCCUGAAGGCCGCCGUAGACUCGCAAAUUCGUGGAUGGACUUUUAGCUACCACUUCGGCGAAGGCUCGGAUGAGGACGAAGAUGAGCCAGACGACGAUCCGUGCUCGGAGUCUGCGCGAUGGAAGACCAGGCAGGAUAUCCUCGAGGCCGUGAGCAACGCCGACGACGUCCUGCAUGUACUACGGCGAUUUACGGAUGUUCAAUGUGACGAAUUAUCCGACGGUCUAUGCUCACAGUGCCUUCUCACUUUCACCACUGAAGCCCGGCAACUGCGCCGCGAUCUUUGGGGCCGCCUCCCAGAAUUCUUCGAGCUUGACUUGGUACGCAGCCAGUGUUCGUGGUCAGUGGGUGCACUAGCUAAUGUAUGGUCCUUGCGGCUUUGCAGCUGUAGCUCGCCAUCGGCGAGGCCGGGUUUCUACGCAUGA